UAGUUUCGCAAAAAGAAAAAUCAAUAAUUGAUCCAACAGAUACAGUAUAUCAAGCAACAUAUUCUAAUAAUUAUUUAGACUUUUUAGUAAUUGGUGAUUGGGGAUCAAGUGGUAAAGAUAAGAAUUUAAAAUAUGGAUCACAGGCGAAUGUUUCAAAAGUAAUGGAAGAUGUUACGAGAAGAAAUAGUUCUCAUUUCAUUGUAAACGUUGGUGACAACUUUUAUGAAAGGUUUAAAGGUGAUUACGAAGGAAUAAAAAGUAUUGACGAUAAUAAAUGGCAGGAAGUUUGGCUAAACGUUUAUAACGGACCUACAUUAUCGUCACUUACUUGGUAUUCGGUUGCUGGAAAUCAUGAUUGGUACAAUAAUGUAACAGCACAAAUAGAUUAUAGUCGAACAAGGAAUUCUCGAUUUUUCCUUCCAUCUCUGUUCUAUGUUAGAACAUCGACAUUUGGUUCCGAAUCAAAAACAACUGUAGCCUGGAUCCAUAUCGAUACAAAUAUGUUUUAUUACGAUUUUAGUUCAGAGUCAAAUAAGCUAAAUGCUAGAAAGAAAAACUUAAAAGAGAAUUUAUACGGUUUUGGUUGGGAAACUGACAACGCUAUGGAAGAAAAGUUAAAAUGGAUCGAAUCGAAGUUAAUUGAAUAUCAACAUUAUAAAUGGCUUUUUGUCGUUGGACACCAUCCGGUGUUGGGUCAAUGUUCUGAAAUAUUUCGCAUGUCUCGCCUUCUACAAUUAUUUGAAACUUAUAGAAUAACCGCUUAUUUUGCUGGUCAUAAUCAUGUGCUUCAAUAUAAAUCGCCUAGUAAAAAAUCUCCAAUCGCUCACUUCAUCUCUGGAGCAGCUUCGACAACUGGUACGAAAUGUAAAGGUGGUGAUUGGGGUAUUAAAACAUUUGGGUUUUUACACGUGGUAAUUAAUGAUAAUGACUUGAAAUUUGAAUAUAUUGAUGCCACCAAAUCGAUAAAACCCGGUGGUAAAGUUAUAUUUCAAGGAGCCUUAAAUGGCAGAGAGAUAUGGUAUCCAAAAUAUUGA